AAUGCCAGCAAGGCGAAGAGGGUCAAAUUUUGGCCGUCUAACGGCUGGAGCUAUACAAAGGCGAAAUCUAAGAGCCCAAAGGACAGACGUCCAAAUUCAACAGGAAAAUGAAGUUGUGCGCGUGAACAUGUCGCAAUUGCGCGCAUCACAGUCACAAGAUGAUCGCGCUGAAAGAAAUGAAGAAAGACGACUACAACAAAGACAAGCGCGUCGAUACGUAGUUGAAGCACGCAGAGAAAAUGACAUACGACGACAACAAGUGCAUCGAGCUUUUAUAUCGCAUACAUUCCGUCGUCUAGCAUUUGAGUAUGAACCCGACGUUAAAUAUUUUGAUCAUUCCAAAGUGGCGAUUGGUGAUAUGGACAAUGAAUGUGCGAAUUGUAAGGCGCUUAAAUUCAAAAAUGAGCCAGCCGGGAUGUGUUGCGCCACAGGUAAAGUGCAACUACCAGUAAUUGAAUCACCACCUGAACCAUUGAAAGGUUUACUUAAUGGUACGCAUCGUGAUUCUAACAUGUUCCUGAAAUCAAUUAGAACAUUCAAUUCAUGUUUUCAAAUGACAUCGUUCGGAGCAACAGAAAUAGUUAACAAUAAUGCUGCAAAUGGUCAACAAUUUAAUACAACGUUCAAAAUCAAAGGCCAAAUUUACCACAAAGUAGGCUCAUUGCUUCCUAUGCCAAAUGAACCACAUAAAUUUUUACAAAUUUACUUUAUGGGUGGCGAGGACACCGAAAGUGCGCAAGCCAAUCGCGUGGAUGCACGUUUAAAAUACAAUAACCUUAAUUCACAAUUUGCCAGACGUAUUCUCGGCGAGCUGGACGAUUUAUUGAAUGAGCACAAUGAAUUGUUGAAAUUGUUCAAAUCACACAUGCACAAAUUGCAAAGCGACAAUCACGCAAUUAUCAUCAAUCCUGAUAAAACACCAUCUGGAGAGCACAUUCGUAGAUUCAAUGCACCUGUUGUUGACGACGUUGCUGGAAUUAUGGUUGGCGACCGUACAGCUAAGCGUGAAAUUGUUAUUCGCAAAAGAAAUAACAAUCUUGAGUUCAUUGCUGAUACACACCGUUCAUACGACGCUCUACAAUAUCCACUAAUGUUGUAUAAGGGACAAGACGGAUAUUACAUAGAUAUUAAACAAAAAGAUCCCGCUACAGGAGCCGAAACAAACAAGAAAGUUAGCUCGAAGGAUUUUUAUGCGUAUCAUCUGAUGAUUAGACGCGAUCAUGACAACGUCAUUCUACGGUGCCGUGAACUUUGCCAACAAUUCAUGGUCGACAUGUACGUGAAAAUAGAAAACGAACGACUACGAUAUUUACGAUAACGUUGGGUAAUACAAUUGGACUACUUAUAUAUAAGUUGAUAUUUAGGGGAAACCUAUAACUUAGGCGAUACGAA